AUGUUCAGUCAGUUUACUAAUGCUGCCAAAGGCCUGCCCAGAAGUAAUACCGCCUGCUCCGCCAUCAACGCCAUCUUUGCUGUCAAAGAAAUCCGUCCAUGGACUCUACGACUGCGUACCCUAAUGCAGGGGCACAUUCUCUAUCAUCCCGUCACACCGCUCACCCAGCGAAUCGUCCGCGGAGCCAACCUAACGGCCCUCAUGUUCGAACGCCUCAAGAACGUCUCUAAUGCCUGGGUGGCCAUGGCAGAUGAAGUGUUGCCACUCAUUUUUGUAAAUAGCACUCUGGCUAGGCGACUCCGGGCGUUUAUCACCGUCACUUGUGGGCUUCUACCAAAUCGAUCGGCCGAAGUGACUGAGACCUGUCGCCGACUGGAGUACUUUUUGCAAGCGGACAGGCCGCCACCAGCCAACACCACGCCCUACCUCCAUUGGUCGGAGUUGAUUGAACCAAUCAAAGCCCUCAGUGCUGCGGUGGACGACGUCCUGUCUACCUGCAUCAACUAUGAUCGUUUUUUCGGUUACGCUAAUGCCAGCCUAAUGGAGAAAACAGCCCAGAACCUCAGCGCUGCCGGCCUACCUGUGAUGAUUUUAUACUUUGAUGCUGCACCGGCUACCUCCGCAGAUCUCAGCGAUCUCAACUCCACCCUCCUCGACAUUCGCCUCCGUCUACCCUUUAACGUUGUGGACUUAACACGCAAUUUCAAGGUCCUCGACAAGUAUUGGACUCCGUCUUCACGCCCGCGUGUCAGAGACUCGAUGAAGUACUUCACUAGCGGCUUCAUUGAUGUACAGGAGCAGCUUGCACGCUCCUACCUCACCCUGAUUGGUGGCCUAGACGGUGACGAGGAUGCUAAUCUCUACUCCAAUUUACUGCUUCCGGUUGAGAUGAAAUUUGUGCCCGGUCCCUGCUAUCAGGUGGACCCCAUGCUGCCCAUCUUCGCCUCCAAUCUGCCCAUGAUCGUGGUCAUCAUCUGGAUCUGCACAGCGGUCUUCGCCGUGCGUGCCAUCGUCUACGAGAAGGAGUGCCGGCUGAAGGAGUUCACCAAGGUCAUGGGCAUGGGCAAUCUGGUGCACUGGCUGAAUUGGUGGACGGUUAGUGCUGUGUUGAUGGGCGCCUCCAGCCUGUGCGCAGCCCUGAUGCUCAAAUUUGGCGGCAUCAAUCCCAACGCGGACUUCUUUGUGCUGCUCGGCUGUCUUUUGGCAUACCUUUGGGCCAUCAUUCCACAGGCCUUCCUGGUGUCUGUCUUCUACUCAAAGGCCAACUUUGCUGCAGUUGUCUCGGGCCUAUUCUACUUCAUCAUGUUCAUACCUUACGCUUUGGUCCUCAUCUAUGAGCUGGACUACAUACAGCUUUCCGCGCUAUCCCUUUUUCCACAAGUUGCCCUAGCGUUGGCUUUCACCCGGCUGGCAGAUUUAGAGCGGACUGGGAUAGGUGCUCAGUGGAACAAUCUGUGGGGCACGGAGCUCACUAAUGAGAGCUUUACGCUAGGAAACUGUAUGGUGAUGCUGCUGGUUGAUGGCAUUCUGGCCUUCGUCUGUACGCUCUACUUGGAAGCAGUCCUGCCGAGCACCUACGGCGUGCCGCAAAAGUGGUACUUCCUGUUCAGCCCCAGCUUCUGGAAGAACGUCUGUCGUAAGUGCUGCUGCUAUGCUCGCAACAGAACUGACGAAGACCGGAAAGUUGAUGUUGGAGAGCUUCCGUCGUCGCCGCCGGAAUCUUCGUCUUCGAUGUCCUUUUCGUCAUCCUUCUGGCCACAACACCCAUCAGCACAAAUCUACAAUCAAUUCCACGAACCACCACCAGAUAAGUGCUCCGUUGGCGUUUCCAUCCGCGGUCUGACUAAAACCUAUCGCCGUGGGAAACAGACUGCUGUUAACAACUUGUGGGCUGACUUCUAUGAGGGUCAAAUCACCUCCUUUCUGGGCCAUAAUGGAGCUGGAAAGACCACAACUAUGUCCAUUCUCACUGGUAUCUACCCGGCCACCAGCGGGGACGCUUAUAUCUGCGGAAGGAAUAUCAAGACGGAAAUGCCAGCCAUUCGCACCUUCCUGGGCCUCUGCCCUCAACACAACAUUCUCUACGACCGCAUGACGGUAAAGGAACAUCUCUACUUCUACGGUUCCAUCAAGGGACUC